AUGAUAAUAACUCAUGCAAACAAUAAUAAUACUAUUAGCAAUAACAUUGGUACCACUACACCAAGACCACAAAUGCAUAAACUGAAGUCUUCCUUAAAAUUAUCAUCAAAUUCACUCAAUCUAAAUCAUUCUUCUUACAAAAAUGUAAGAUUUGCUCCUGAAUUAACUACAGUUAAAAAUUUCGAUUCAAAUGAUAAACCAAUCUCUAUAUCAAAUGAAAAUUCUCCAGAUUUAUACCCAUUGGAUAGUAUACCAAAGUCAAAUGAAAAUUUCAAUCAUAAUUUCUCGUUUUUAAAAAAUGAUCUAUUAUCAAAAUCAUUCGAUUUAGAUUUUGAUUACGAUUCAGAUAGCUCAUUAGAAAAUGAUGAUCACCAUACUAAUCUUCUACAACUUAAUAAUUUCAAUUAUGACCUAGAUUCGUUCGAUAUAAUAGACUGGAACGUAACUCACUUAUCAGAUUUAUCAGCAAAUCCAUACAAAGAUUUACAAACUCAAAAUAUUAAACUACAUACAAUCACUCAAUUGAAUAACUAUAAAAUUUUGGGUCUUAUCUACGUUAAUAAUUUGAAUUUUGAAAAAUUUAUAGAAAUUAAAUUCACUUUCAAUGAUUGGAACGAUAUUCAUUAUGUUGCUGCCACAUUUAAUAAAUCUAUUAAUGAUAAGAUUGAUGAAUUCAAAUUCAUACUAGAUUUCAAAUCAUUGGAAUGUCUCUUAAAAUUUAAAAAAUUAAUUUACGCUAAUAAUAAUAAUGCAGAUUGUCAUUGUAAAUUGAAUAUUGAAUUAUGCUGUCGGUACGACGUUAACGGCGAAACUUAUUAUGAUAAUAAUAAUUACAGAAAUUAUCAAAUUAAAUUAUCAGUGACAACAAGAAAUAUUUUCUUAAAACAAGAUAUUGAUGAUUCAAAGGUUCAAAUAUUGCCAUCUCCAAAUUCAAAUAUUUCUCAACCCAGAAGAUCCUUCAUGGACGAUUUCUUAGUGUCAACGACUCUGACUCAUAAUAAGAACGGUACUGACGUCAAUCGGUCUUCUGUCUCUUCAAGAAGCUUCAGUGAUGACACGGAUUAUUACAAUACAUCUCCUUUAAAACAUUUAUAUCAUAAUGAUACUACACUUAUUAAACCGACUAGAUUAAACGAAGUCAUAGUGUCAUCAUUCUCCUCUUCAUCUUCAUCCUCAUCGUCUUCCUCAUCCACUCCUUCUCCUUCGUCAUCAUCUGAUGAACUUUGCAAUAAUAAUGAAAAUUUUAUUCCUUCAAAUAAUAAAACCGAACCAUUCACAAAAUCAUAUUCCUUCUCUUCCUCACCAUCUUCUUCAUUCACAUCAUCAAUCACUGCACCAUCAUUAUCAUCUUCCAUUUCAUCUGCAUUAAGUGAGCUGGCUCCAUUGAAUGAUAUAAACGAUCCUCUAGUAGAUGGGACUUUCACUGAUACAUAUUCUUAUCUAUUCCAUUCAAAACAAAAUACAUUAAAUUUAAAUGAUUUUAAAUAUUCAAAUUAUAGCUACAAUAAUAACAAUAUCAAUAAUAGUAACAAUAUUAAUAAUGAAAUCUCCGACGAUAGACAAAGUAUCGUAACAGAAACCCCACAAUUAAACGAUAAUAAUGAUAGUAUCAAUAAUCUCAAUAAUUCAACAGAUACUCUUAUAAAUACAAAUAUCGUGGACAUGUGGUCCUUACAAUGUCAACUGCCGUCAUCAAAAGAUUCUACUAAUACAUCAAAAUCAAAAUCUGGCUCUUCUUCACCUACUUCUUUUCUAUCAAUGUCACCAAUUUUAAAUAUUCAAAACCAAUUGAAUAAUAACGGUAGUAAUAACUCAUUAUCAAAUCUUAAUUUAAAUCGCCCGCUGGAUUCAGGUUAUAUUUAA